AACUCCCCCACUUCCUCUUCGAUCUGAUCGUUUCCACAUUUCCAACACCGUCUCAUCUCCUACAACUAGCUUACCACACACAAACAUACAAUGUCAUCUCCUGGAAGGCGACUUUACAUCGGCCGUAUACCGCAAGAAGCAACUCGCACAGAUAUCGAGAAGUACUUUGGCCGGUAUGGCACUCUCCUCGAUGUCAGAAUCAUGGCUGGUUUUGGAUUUUUGGAGUAUGAUCAGGUUCGUGACGCUGAAGAUGCAGUCCACGACUUGAAUGGACGAGAGUUUAUGGGUGAUAGACUUAUUGUCGAGUUCGCGAAAGCCCCUCGCGGUGGUCGCGAGAUGUAUGGAGGAGGAGGUGGUGGGAGUUAUGGUGGAGGUGGCGGACCCCGUCGCAGCGGGUUCCGAUUGAUCGUUAAAGGAAUUUCGCAUGAGACCAGCUGGCAGGAUCUCAAAGACUUUGCCAGACAGGCUGGUAAUGUCAUUCGUGCUGAUGUUGACCGCAACAUGCCUGGAGAAGGUUUAAUCGAAUACUCAUCGCAAGAUGACGCUGAUAACGCUUUGCGCAAACUUGAUGGAACAGACCUCAAGGGCAUGGUAGUGACGUUGUUUGAAGAUCGACCAGGAGGUGGUCGUCGUGAUCGCUCUCGAUCGCCCAGCUACCGUGACCGGGGUGACCGAGGUGAUCGCGGUGAUCGGGAUCGCCGAGGUGGGUACGAUCGGGAGCGCCGUCGAAGUCCGCCUUCCCGUGAUGAACGGGAACGAGAUCGCGACCGUGGUUAUGGCCGAAAGGACAGGGAUCGCUCCAGAGAUAGAUCCAGGGAACGAUCUGCCCGCCGCGAGACGGUGGAUGAACCUGAAAAAGCUGCGCCUUGAUGUCUGAAUCGAGGCACGGGCAUCAAAAGAGACCAACAAGAGUCUUGUCAAAACAAGUCGACCGACUAUCUGCUCUAUAGCCAUCGACAAAAAUUAGACGUAUUUCAUUCUUAAAACAAAACCUUUGUGUGCACCUUGUUGUUGAAUCCUACUUUGUCCGGGAUUGUUCAAGAAAUUGUGGAUAAAUCUCAACUAAUUUUCUCUCUUUGUUCACUUUGUAUGUGCCAAUGCGAUAUCAGUUGAGGCAGCUUUUCAUAUUUACUUACAGUGAUUGCCUGCUCAUUGAAUUAGAUCCAAUGCUCAGAUAGGAUCAACAACAAAUCAUCACUUCAAGUGACUGCCAAUUGGCUCCUGGUUCAACAUGACCACCGUUUCAUCCCGUGCAACUGAU